UGUGGUCGUUAGUCCAAUAACAUGUCAUCAAGUAUUGCCACACCACAACAUUAUACCUUUAAUUCUUUAUAUUCAUAAUACAUUAUCCACCCCCACCCCUCUCCUUCAUACAUGCAUUCAUUGAGCUUCAGCAUCUAUGGAAGAAGCAAAGCUAAGGUGUGCUGUUGUUACUGGGUCAAACAAAGGGAUAGGUUUUGAGACGGUUAAAAUAUUGGCCUCAAAUGGAAUCAAGGUGGUGCUAACAGCUAGAGAUGAGAAAAAAGGAAAUGAAGCCAUUGAAAAAUUGAAAGAGUUUGGUCUCUCUGACAAUGCUAUGUUUCACCAACUUGACGUCACUGACCCUACUAGUAUUACUUCACUAGUAGACUUUGUUAAGACUCACUUUGGAAGACUUGAUAUCUUGGUGAACAAUGCAGGAGUUAGUGGUGUCAAUCCCUAUGAAACGGUGGGAUCAACAGUUGAUUGGGAGCAAUUGACUCAAACUUAUGAGAUGGUUCAAAAGUGCUUAAGAACAAACUACUAUGGUGUCAAGGAAACAACAGAGGCAUUUCUACCCCUUCUCAACUUAUCCAAUUCUCCCAAAAUUGUUAAUGUUUCUUCUCAAGCAGGAUUAUUAAAGAAUAUACAAAACCAAUGGGCUCAGAAGGUGUUUAAUGAUGUUGAGAAUCUUACAGAAGAAGGAAUAGAUGAGGUACUAAGAGAGUUUGUCAAAGACUUCAAAGAAGAUUCAUUAGAAAACAAAGGGUGGCCAACCUUUUUGUCUGCAUAUAUUGUCUCAAAAGCAGCCAUGAAUUCCUACACAAGGAUUUUGGCUAAGAAGAAUCCAAACUUGUGCAGCAAUUGUGUGUGUCCUGGUUUUGUGAAGACAGACAUCAAUAGAAACACUGGCAUGUUAUCUGUUGACCAAGGGGCUGCUAGUGUUGUCAGAUUAGCACUGCUUCCUCAUGGUUCUCCUUCUGGCCUCUUCUAUAUUAGGGAACAAAUGUCAAAUUUUUGAAUGGUUGUAAGUGUAUUGCAAUCUUCAGAUAAAAUAAUAUAGUAUCACAUAAUGUGCCUCUUGCUUA